AUGAUCUUGAUGCCCUCAGACCUCAAGAAGGCCCGCAUCAUAACCGUGGUCGCCUGUACCGUCACCGCACUGGCUUGUGGUUCCAAUUAUGGCUACUCGAUAUGGGGCCCCAGCUUCGCAUCCCGGCUCAAGUUGACCGCUACAGACAGCAACCUCAUUGGCAAUCUGGGGAAUUUUGGCAUGUAUGCCUUUGGGAUACCCUCAGGCAUGAUGGUCGACGCGAAAGGGCCACGAUGGGGUCUGACGCUGGGCAUCGUACUGUUCGCUGCCGGCUACUAUCCCAUUGCCAAAGCUUAUGAGGCGGGGCCGGGGCAAUACAGCAUUCCGGUAAUAUGUGUGUUCUCCUUCCUCACCGGUGCGGGCAGUUGUUCAGCAUUCACGGCCUCCAUCAAAGCUGCCGCCCUCAACUAUCCCGAGUCGAGAGGAACAGCAACGGCCUUCCCCCUGGCUGCUUUCGGGCUGAGUGCCUUGUUCUUCGCCGCACUUGCGCAAAUACUCCCCGGCGGCACAUACAACUUCCUCAUCCUCCUCGCGACGGGCACCGUCUUGCUGCCUCUGCUCUCCUUCCCGUUCGUCCGCGUCAUUCCACACCACACCUACCAACACGUCCCUGAACAUGAACACCAAGUCCUCCACCGGACCAGACCAUCGGGGAGUCACUACGAAGAACCAGGUGCGCCCAAGACCCAUUCCUCAGACGCCCACCGGGACGACGAGUCCUUUUCCUCUGAGCCCGAGUCGCACCAUACUGGGGAUGAAGAAGCGUCGCUCCUUUCCAAAACCUCCACCCAAGAACAAGCCGCCGAAGACCUCGAAGCUUCAAAGCAUCUCGAAUCUGAUAGAAACCACGAGCACCCGCAUCUAGACGUCCGAGGCUUCGCUCUGCUCCCGCACCCUGAGUUCUGGCAGUUAUUCAUCAUGAUGGGUCUGCUGACUGGCGUCGGGCUAAUGACCAUCAACAAUAUCGGCAACGACGCCCUCGCCCUCUGGAAACACGCCGACCCCAGCACGCCCUCCUCCUUCAUCGAAUCCCGCCAAGCAAUGCACGUCUCGAUCCUCUCCUUCUGCAGUUUCAGCGGCCGCCUCCUCUCCGGCAUCGGCUCCGACAUGCUCGUCUCGAAGCUCAACCGCUCCCGCUUCUGGUGCCUGUUCGCGUCGGCCCUGAUCUUCUGCGUCACCCAGAUCGUCGCCACGGCCGUCACACACCCAUACUACCUCGUACUGGUGUCGAGCCUGACGGGGCUCGCCUACGGCAUCCUCUUUGGCGUGUACCCUUCCUUGGUGGCCCACUGCUUUGGCGUCCACGGCCUGUCCCAGAACUGGGGCACCAUGACCCUUGCGCCCGUCGUGUCCGGCAACGUGUUUAACCUGCUUUAUGGCAAGAUCUAUGACGCCCACUCCGUAAAGAACGACGAUGCGGGGCACAUGGAGUGUCUUUUGGGGAACCAGUGCUAUAGGUCGGCUUAUUGGGUUACGUUCGGCGCGGCGGUGCUGGGCGUGGUCUGUUGUGGAUGGAGCAUUUGGCAUGAGAACCAGGUGCACAAGAGGAAAGGCAAGGAAGGUAGGAGUGGUCACGAGAGAACCGCGUGA